UCAGAGGUGAAAGUUGACUUCAGCAAAAACAUGGUAGAACACGGGGAUAUCCGCGUGGUUCACCGAGGUGGCAGUAAAAUAAACUUCAGGGGGCCUGUCAUAAGCAAUGAUUCAAGUUUCCUCCUGUGUGCCUCGGGAGAGUGUGUGAAGGUGUUCAGCACCUCCACAGAGGAGUGUAUCCAUGACCUGCGGGGACACACGGACCUGGUGACUGGUGUGGUGCUCAAACCCUCUAACCACCUGCAGGUCUACUCUUGCUCAGCAGAUGGCACUGUCAGACUCUGGGACUUCACAGAUGGCAUCCUUAUUAAGACUUAUGUUAUUGGAUACCCAAUUUACUCCAUCUACGCAUCUGCAAACCAUGAAGGAGUCAUCUUUAUCGUUACCCCCACACUGAGUGACAAAAGAUCUGAGUUGUUCCAGCUGGUUGCGGUACAUCUGCCGCAGAGUGGAGAUCAGCUGGUGGAGGCCCGAGAGCUCUCUGCUGUGCUCAGUGACAUCAGCUCCAACCCAGCAGCCAUUGCCUUUGGCAGAGGGGGGGAAUUUAUUGCUUCAGCUAAAGGUCUGCAGCUCGAGGUCUAUUUCUUCAAGAAGCAGAAGUCAUACAGGUUUCCCCUCAAAGAAGACAACAAGAAAGGAGGGAAGAACACGUACACCUGUGUUGCCUGCCACCCACAAGAUGACUGCAUCGCCACUGGGCAUGAAGAUGGCAAGAUUCGUUUGUGGAGAAACUUCAACCACAAGAAGGAGUACACAUACUCCACUCUGCACUGGCAUCACAGUGCUGUCAGCUCACUGCGCUUCACUCCAGAAGGCACCAACCUGCUGAGUGGAGGUGUGGAGUCUGUGCUCGUCCAGUGGAGAUACAACCAGGAGAGCCAGAAGGACUUCUUGCCCCGCCUGGGUGCUGCCAUCACACACAUCACCGUCUCACCUGAUGGAGCACUGUUCUGUACCUCACACAGUGACAACAAGAUCACUGUCAUCCAGAGUUGUGUUAAAGUAUCAGCUGUCAUUCAAGGCCUGGUCAAAGGAGAAAGUGUCAGGACCGACUUGAUGGUGGACCCACGCAGCAAAGCCAUGGUGUUGAACGGCAGACCAGGCCACCUGCAGUUUUACUCCCUGCAGAGAGACAAACUGCUGUACAAUCUGGACAUCGUGCAGCAGGAGUACAUUCAUGAGUCGGGCCUGCAGCAGUUUGAGGUGGUCAAGGCGGCCUUCGAUACCUCUGGAAACUGGCUAGCAACAGUGGAAGAAAGAAAACAGAAAGAUGCUGAGCUGGAGCUUAAUUUAAAACUGUGGGCAUUUGAUGAACAAACACAGAGUUUUGUGCUGAACACGACCAUCUCGGCCCCCCACGAGGCCCGGAUUACAGCCAUGUCCUUUUGCCAUUCCGCUGACAGCCAGACCACCAUGCUGGUCUCCUCCAGCAAGGACGGACACUUCAAAGCAUGGCAGCUGGCCGCACCAGCCCACACAGAGGAUGAAGGUCCUUCCUGGUUGUGUGAUUUUGUGGGAGCCUAUCACGCCCUGGUGCCCGAGUGCUGCAGUUUCUCUGCCGACGGUUCUUUGUUGGCAGUCAGCUUUCAGGAGGUGGUGACUGUGUGGAGCCUGUCCUCCUGGGAGCUCCUGACAACUCUGUCCCAGCCGCCAGGAGCGAUCAGGGAUCUUUGCUUUGGGCGACUAAGCUGCUCCAAGUAUCUGCUGGGAACCACUGCGAACAACCUGCUCUGCUGCUGGAACCUCCUCACCUGCUCCUUGGAGUGGAGCACCUCCAUGGACAUCAGCCUGUUGCUGGCCGACCCCCUCUCUGAGAACAUGGCUGCCUUCUGUUGUCAGGCUGGAUGCACCGACUUGUUUGUCUUUAAGCCCAAUGAGCCUCGGCCACUGUUUUCCCAUAAGGCAGUGUGUUCAGGGAAGGUGACUCGUGCUGUCUUCUCCCCGAGGGAGGAGAUACUGGAGAGCUGUGAGGAGACCAGCCAGUGGCUCAACCACUCACAGCUCUACUUCCUCACUCAGUACAUGGACCUCAUGACAUUCACCACCAAGGCAGAAGAGGACAAACUGAUGGCCUCCAGCAAACAGCUUGUGAUUGAUGACAGCGUCGCCAUGACACCCUUCUACUUGUUGCUGGGGAAACACCGGCAGCAGCAGCAACAGGAAAAUCAAGACGCACUGAGCUCCCUGUCUGCUGAGAGAACACCUCUGCCACAGGGAUCUGUUGCUAUUAAGGAGCUCCUGCAGACCCCAGCCCACGUCCUUCCCUCCACCUCUUUCCUCUGCUCCAUGUUUGUACAGUCUCUGCUCAUCUCCGUCACAGACUCCAGGGAGGAAACCAAACAUGCAGAGGAAGCAAUGGAGAGCGAGAAUGAGGAAGAGGAUUCAGAGGGGGAAAUGGAAUCCAGUACCUCAAGAUUUGAGGAGGUGUCACUGGCAACAGAGACUGCAACCCCCCCUCUGACAAAAGCCCAGGUUAAGGAACUGAGGAGGGUGAAGAAACUUGACCACAGCUGGCUCGCAGGCGUCCUGGACUCUUGAACAUGACAUGUACAAAAACAGACAUUCACACAGAUACAGACCUAUAGAGCGUUUUCACCACAUCAACAGAUUUUUUAUGUUUUUUUUUUCACCAGUAAACCAGAAUGGAUAUUGCAAAUGCAAAACAAAUAUUUGAUUGUGCAAGUAUCUAACCCUUUGGCAGCAGUUACAGCCUUAAAAUGUAGUUUUACACAUUUUAUCAAUAAAAAAUUCUCCCUGUUUUUCUCUGUAAAAGAGCUGAGGCUCUGUUGCACAAGGAUUGUGUGUGAACUGCAGUUUUCUUGCCUGGAGCUCUAGAGUGUAUUGAGGACUGGACUCUGACUCGACCACUCCUGAGCAUUAACAUUGUUUUUUUAAGCCAGUCCUGUGAAGCUUUGGCUGAAUGUUUGUGGUUGGGGUCUUGUUGGAGAAUAAGUUUCCUAAGUCACAGUUCUCCUGCAGACCGCGGCAGGUUUUCCUCUAGGUUUCCUCUGUAUUUUGCUGCAGUUCUGAGGGCAACACGCGAGCCGGGAUUUUCCGCCUUAGAUCAUCUGUCUGUUCUCUUCCUUUCACAUGUUUCACCAAUCAAAACAAACACCAUGCUUCUGAUUGAUGCACAAACAUGUAAGGGUUCUGUAUGUUUCUUUAUCUAAAAUUAUUUAUCUGCCAAAGACUACAGAACCAUCUUGUCAUUUCAGUCUUCCAGCCGCCUGCUGCCAAACCCUAGCUGAUUCAUUUUAAUGAUUGAUCUUUCUGUGCUCCAAGAUAUUUGUUUUCAUCAGUAGUUACCAAUGGUUUUUUUUACAUAAUUGUUCAUGUUUAGGCUUGGUCUCUUUUUAAUCAAAGCACCUCUGGAUCUUCUAGAUUAGUUUAUUUGACCUUAAAUCACCUGCUAUGCUGUAAUUAUACAACAUUUCACUUAUAAUAAUAAUAAUAAUACACAAUCUACAGCUGGAUCCAUCAGUGAUGGUUUGGUAUGUCACAGAAAAGAUAUUAAUUAUAAUGCCAUCGUUUAUUUUGAACAAUAAUCAAUUUAGACAUUUUGUAAUAUUGUUUGUUUUCUGUUUAUCUUUGUCAGAAACUUUUCAUUACUUCUUGUGAACCAAAGUUAAAACAUAAAAAAGGACAUGGUGACAACUUUCUAUAGGCACUGUAUGCAGGCACGUCGAUGUGCGGUUACACAUUUUCUACAUUUUGAAGUUCAAUAAAAAGAUGUAAACUUUU